CUAAAUAUGGUGUCAUCUCUGGUCAUCGGCUCAGAGGCUGGAAUGAUCAUUGAUCUGCCUCUUGCAGUUCCGCAGGCCGUCGCUUUGGCGGAUUGGUUGGCGAACACUACCGACAAGCCCCUAGUCGCAGCAUUCUCAACUCAUUUCCACCCUGAUCAUUACCUUAGCGGGGCUGCUUUCCUCGCUCGGUUCCCCGAGACUAAGCUCUAUGCCAACUCCAGGGCAGUUGCGUUGAUUGAGAACGAGGUUAAACAAAAGAUUGCAACCUGGAAGGGUAUUCUAGGGCCUGACGCCGUCGCCGACAAAGCUGUGAUCCCGAUUCCUUACGACUUUACCUUCUUCACGCUCCCCGGCGACGAGUCCACCACAAUUCAUCUCAUCAGCCCUCUUGUUGCUGACACCAUAGAUGAGACACUCUUCUGGAUUCCUUCAAUUUCUACAUUCAUCGCUGGCGACGCGGUCUACAGCCAUACAGUUCACCUCUGGUUAGCCGACCUACUCUCCCCUACCCUGUCGGAGGCUUGGCUAUCUACACUUCACUUUGUUGAAAGUCUGUCCCCGAAGAGAAUCAUUCUCGGACAUUCUUUGACACUGAAAGGCUUUGGGCCUAAAGUCGACCUGAAGCAUUCCAGUGAUUACGUCAAAUUCUUCAAAGAUGAGAUC